AUGAGCAGCUCGGCGUUUCCUCUAGAGCACUCGCGUGGCCAUGGAAACGAUGCUACUGAAAUCACACUCUCUGAUGACACGUACUCGAAAAGUUACAAGCCAGCCAAGGGAAAUGUGUGGGCUACGCCAAAAAGGCUUCUAGGCGGAUUGGCAGAGGCGCUUACAGACUCGGCGGUGGCGCAUAAGAAGAUCUCGUUUGCGGUGUGCAUUCUCUUGUUUUUGUCGCUCUUCACGUCCGUGCCAUAUGUGCCUCAUUUGUUUGGGCCCAAGGACCCAAAGGUGGUGAUUAUCUUGGCCGCCAACGAGGGCGGAGGAGUUUUCAAGUGGAAGGGACCGCAAGAAUGGUCCGUGGAGCGGUCUUCCAUCGCCAACAAAAAGCAGUACGCCAGCAAGCACGGGUACGGGCUCACGAUCAAGGACAUGACCAUCAAGAAAAGAUACUCGCACGAAUGGCGUGAGCUGUGGGAGAAGGUGGAUCUCAUGAAGCAGGCCAUGCGCCAGUUCCCCAACACCGAGUGGUUCUGGUGGUUGGACUUGCACACCUACAUCAUGGAGCCACAUUUGCUGUUGGAAAAGCACUUUUUGAACAAGUUGGACAAUGCUACAUACAGAACCUUGGAUACGUUCAACCCGCUCAAGAUCCCUGUUGAAAUGCCUUACGUCGACUACACUGCGCCUAUUGACAUGGUGAUCACCCAGGACUGUGGUGGCUUCAAUUUGGGCUCGUUUUUGAUGCGCAGAUCUUCGUGGUCCGAGGCUCUUUUGGACAUCUGGUGGGACCCAGCCAUGUACGAGCAGAUGCACAUGCAGUGGGAACACAAGGAACAGGAUGCAUUGGAAACAUUGUACUCGACGCAGCCGUGGAUUCGCGAGAGGGUCGGCUUCUUGCCCUUGCGUACUAUCAACGCAUUUCCUCCUGGUGCUUGUGCGGAACAGGCCGAUGACCCGCAAUUUUUCUACCAAGAGGGCGAUUUUGUCAUUAACAUGGCCGGAUGCGAGUUUGGCAGAGACUGUUGGGGCGAGAUGGAGCACUACAAGGCCUUGUCGAAGAAGUUGCAGAAGUGGUGGAAGCUUUGGUGA